CACAAAUCCAAUCCUACUGGAUAAUGUUAUAAACUUUCAGCUCAUUUCCAUGGCCUAAAAUGAAUGUUUAAAUGACUAAGCAAUACACAGUUUACCUGUUUCAAUACCAACCAAACAUUAUUUUCAUAAUCUUAAACCUCAAAAUCUCAUCCUUCACUGCAUUGUGGUUCUGAAAUGAUCAUCUUACACAUCAUUUCUGUACUAAAAUGAGUGAUUAUAUCAGAAACUACAGCAAUCAAGAUUUAUCGAGCAUUAUUGAUUCGAAUGGAUGAGACAGAACUCGGAAAUGAAAGAACGAUUCGAUCAGUGAAAGCAGCCAUAGAUAUGUAUGGAGGAGGGAAGAUUAAACAAGGUACUAAUGUUGAAAAGAAGUUCCAAAAUGAUGCUGCAUUCUCUAAGAAGCAAUCUUCAAAGGCACAAGAACUUCAUCUUGCAAAGAAUAGGAUCAGCAAAAUCAAAGAAAACAUCAGAAUCGCAGAGUUGGAGAAAUCUCAGGCUGAGUACGAACUCCUGAAGGCGAAAAGAUUAGUCCGGGAGCUAACCUCACAGAUCGAAGAGACAAAAUUGAGAACUAGAGAAUUUAGAAAGGAGAAGAAAGUUGAAGAUGAGCAGUACGAAGAAAUUACACGAGAAUUUGAAGCUGUGAAGCAGGAACUUAGCAAGAUUAAGCUCGAGUUAGAUCGUACAGUAGUAGAAAAAACGCGAGCAGAGAAAGAAGCGGAAGAUGCGGGUUUGAGACUCGAGGAUUACACAGACACAGCGGAAAGAUUGAGAUUAGAGAUUGAAGAAGCUAAUGACGAGGAGGUAUUGGUUGAGCUCGCUGAAAUUCAGGCGCGAAAGGAACUCAAAGAGAUUGAAUCACAGAAAAAUGAAGAAAUGGAAAAAAAAUUGUUACUGAUUGAAGAAACUAGAAAGAAAACCUGUGUGUUGAAGGAUGAGAUCGAGAAAAUGAAAGAUCUUGAAGAAAAAUUCGAGCUAACUAAGUCGGAUUCUGAAGUAUUGCAACAUGAACUGAAUUUGAUCAAACAAAUGGACAGUGGGUUUCGUAGAAAUGAAAAUUUGAGAAGUUUGGCUAGAGAAGUGGAUGCAGCACGAAAAGAGUACGAGGCUAUUAAAACAGAAGGGUUUCAAGUUAUGAGAAGUAUGGAUGUAAUCAGAAAUGAGUUGAAUGAUGUUUUGAAGGAAAAGGGUGAAAUCGAGAAAAGGGAAGCAGAAACCGAGAAGUGUAUAAAGAAACUAAACUCGAAGAUUCUUAGAGCGAAAGAGAAGUUGGAAGCUGCAAAAGCAUGUGAGGAGAAGACGAAGGCCAUGGAACCGACACUUUCGCUUGCGUUGGAGGAGUUGGCGAGAGAAAAGGAAGACGCGAAGAAAGAGGAGUCGAAUUUGAGAAACGAGAUUGAAAACAUUAGGGUUGAAAUCGAUGGAAUCGAGACUAAAACUAGUACAAAUGAGGAGGCCAUGGAAGUAGUAAUUGAGGAGCUUGAAGUAGUUAAAAGAGCAGAAUUAGAUGUGCUUGAAAGACUUAAAACUCUUGCUGAGGAAGUAGCAAGAUCUAGGGCCUCCAAAAGGAAAUCCACCAUUAGAAUAUCGAAAUUUGAGUAUGAUUAUUUGACAGGAUGUGCAGUAGAAGCUUGUGAACUUUCUGACAAGAAAGUAGCAGCGGCUAAUGCUUGGAAGGAAGCGUUAAUGGCAGAGGCGAAGGAGGUGGAAAUGAAAACUGCGCGAGCAGAGAAAGAAGUACGAGAGCUGAAACUGAAGACGGAAGACACAGAACAUGGUGCAGAAAUGGCAAACAAGGAAGUGCAAAACAGAAGACAUAAAGGGAGCAAGAGUCUACAACAUCGAAUAUCAAUGAAAGAGCGUGAUUAUAGCUCAACACCGGGCAGAGAAACAAAAUUCCAGAGAUCUCUUGGAUCUCCGGCCACAACUGCAAGACGAAUGAGCACUUCGAAUUCCUUAACUAUAAGGAGAAGAAGAAAGGUAAUGCUUAAUAUAGCCAAGUACUGUGCAAACGAACACAAUGAAUAUGGGAUCAAGUCACCCUAGUGAUGUAAAUUAAAUUAGUAGGUGAUCUCUUGAAUUCUUGAGAAACUCACUUGUAUUGAUGUGUGGCAUGUCCUAUCUUCAAGUUAGAGAUCAAGAAUUCAGGAACACAAUCCAAUUCCUAAAUAAACAUUGAAUAAUCAUGUGUCUUUACGGUUUGCUACAUUGUGAUUUUCUAUGCUUUUUGAUCACAAGGUAGCAGAGGUGUUUAUUCGGGUCAUCAGAUCAAUUUUGGGUCAUGUGUUUCGGGUCGGUUCAAAAUGAGGUCUUGUGUCCACAUUGAUUUUAUAUUAUUUUGAAUUUAAAUUCAUUUUAAAGUCAGGUUUGGUUCUAAAGUCGGAUAUAUAUUGGAUCAUCGGGUUUGUUUUGAACACCUCUACAAGGUAGUAAACUCAAAAAAUAGGGUUGCAAUAAGACAUACAUAAUAACACUAAAACUUAUAUAUUAACUUGGUAAAUGUCAAAUGAACAAAAUCACAAUGCUUACAAAUAUUCACAGAGGUUAUGAAGCACCUAUUCUUCACAUAAGCUAAAAAUAACAAAAAGAGCAAAAAAAGUGGCUCUUAUACAAACAUGUAUAAGAGCAAUAGAACAACAUAUUGCAUAAAGAAAAGAGAACUUGCAAGAUAAACAGAGAAAAAGAAAAUUACAGUAGUGAAAUCUAUAUAUCUUACUCAAAACUGUUCUCAAAGCAGUGUUUUUCGAUGCUUAGAGUUGACGCUUCGUAUUCUCCAUUUGUAGUUGAGAGAAUCUUUCUGGUAACAUUUGAAGUUGAGAUGAUGAUGUAGGACUAGGACCAGAAGGUUGAGUUUUAUAUAUCUGAGCCCGCAUUGGAUCUUCAUAGUCACCGAAGAUAUUGAAAUUUUCAAUAGGGGAAGGAGUAAUAGGUUGAGCUGGUUGAUUCAUAGAAGGCAAAGUCAAGGGCUGUGUUACCCCAGCAUAUUCAGGUGUUGUAUUCAUAGGUUUAUACCCUUCGUAAACCAUCAAAGGUAUUUGAGGCCGACUAGUAGAAGCAUUUGGUGGCGUUGUUAAAGGAUGCGUCAUAAACUUGCCAUACGGGUUUUGUGUUUGCUCAACGGAUUGUGUUGUAUUGAUAGGUUUAUACCCAUCAUAAACCAUUGAAGGUACUUGAGGUCGACUUAUGGAAUUUGGUGGAGUUGUCGAAGUAUGCAUCAUGGAAGUUUCAUGGGGUUUUUGAGUUUGCUCAAUGGAUUGUGAUGUAUUGAUAGGUUCAUACCCUUCAUACACCAUUGAAGGCGUUUGAGGUCGCCUUGUAGAAGCAUUUGGUGGUACUAUUGAAUUAUGCAUCACAGAAACACCAUAAGGAUUUUUUGUUUGCCCAACAGGCAUCAUGUAGACGGGGUAUGGCUUAUUUAAGAAAUAUUGGUAGUGCUGUUGCGGAUGGACACAAGUCGGAUACAUUGGAGGAUAGGCAACAGGAAUAGAACUCAAAUAAUAUUGCGCGACAUAAUUGGAUUGAGAAGCUUGGUGGUUAAUAUACUGUGCUCGAGGUGAGGAUUGGUGUUCUGGUUGAUUUAUCAGUUUAGGGGUCGUAUAACCAGGAAUAAGAACCUGAAUGGGACUCGGAAUGUCAAUCUGACGAGAACAAUCAGAAGCAUUGCUUUCCGUCUCAAUAAGAUUGACAGAAGCAGGUUUAGAGUCAAAAAUUCCCAAUAGAUCUUGAUACACUACAGCUUGUGGGCUAAAAUGUGGGCUGGGAAGGCUGAAGUCACUGUAACAUAAAAGAAACCAGAAAAGUAUCACAAUCAGUUAUGUGGGGAACAAACACAAUUUACAGACAACUCCAUUGUAUGAGAGCAGAAAUUAACAAUUGAACUUCACAAUAUUCAAUAACAUAAAUAACAACAAAAUGUCAUUACUCCAUUGCCAUUAAAUGGCUCCCAC